AUGUUACAAUAUAACAUCAAGGGGCAAGGCCCCACACCAGGGCCCCACACCAGGGCCCCACACCCAGAGAGCCUCUCCCCACACCAGGGCCCCACACCAGGGCUACACCCAGAGAGCCUCUCCCCACACCACGGCCCCACACCAGGGCCCCACACCAGGGCCCCACACCAGGGCCCCACACCCAGAGAGCCUCUCCCCACACCAGGGCCCCACACCAGGGCUACACCCAGGGUGCCUCUCCCCACACCAGGGCUCCACCCAGAGAGCCUCUCCCCACACCAGGGCCCCACACCAGGGCUACACCCAGGGUGCCUCUCCCCACACCAGGGCUCCACCCAGAGAGCCUCUCCCCACACCAGGGCCCCACACCAGGGCUACACCCAGAGAGCCUCUCCCCACACCAGGGCCCCACACCAGGGCUCCACCCAGAGAGCCUCUCCCCACACCAGGGCUCCACACCAGGGCUACACCCAGGGUGCCUCUCCCCACACCAGGGCUCCACCCAGAGAGCCUCUCCCCACACCAGGGCCCCACACCAGGGCCCCACACCAGGGCUACACCCAGGGUGCCUCUCCCCACACCAGGGCUCCACCCAGAGAGCCUCUCCCCACACCAGGGCCCCACACCAGGGCUACACCCAGAGAGCCUCUCCCCACACCAGGGCCCCACACCAGGGCCCCACACCAGGGCUCCACCCAGAGUGCCCUCUCCCCACACCAGGGCUCCCCAUGA